CCUUGGACAUCAACUCCACCAAAACCCCGAUCCCUUACCAAAAGGCAUCGUUCCAUCGCCAGUGCUCAUUGUACUGGUAGAAUACACAUUUCGUUUUUGCUGCCUUGCUCGCAAAAGGUAGCCCAAUUGCCCACCACGGCUUCAGGAGCUUUCAACGACACCGCCCCCACCAAGCUCGUCCACUUCAAGCCAGUUCCAUACUGCACUGUCCGCAUCCUUCGCUGACAGCCUUAAACCCCCCCACCGCUUGGCACACCUUCAAAGUAGAGUAAGCUCCUCGUGACGAGGGCUACUCUAUCCUUCUCGAAGGUCGAAACACAAAAGUAACUGUACACUCAGAACAUUUUAUGUUCUAAAGCCCAACAAUUGGUCCUGCUCGCAAACCGGUCCUCUCAAACACUCUUUGUCAACCCACAACUCGAAAUGUCUCCUUCCGCCGCUGUUGCCAUGUCUCCAGCAAUCAUUGAAACUACCAACCACUUGGCGUCUUCGCCGAACUUGGGCGCUCCUAUUGUGCUCCCCCAAUCUCACAAGCAGCGUGUGUCUAACCCUGGCCGCGCUUUUGUUAGGAAUGCUCUCUUGUCUCAUUUGGCCGCGAUGGACGUCGAUGCCGGUGUCUCCGACAGUGAGAACGGUUUUUUCGUUGCCGACGUCGGUGAGGUCUACCGCCAGCAUCUCCGUUGGAAGCGUAAUCUGCCUCGCGUGGAGCCCUUCUACGCUGUGAAGUGCAACCCUGACCCCCAGGUUGUUCGCCUUCUCGCGUCCCUCGGUACCGGCUUCGACUGUGCCUCGAAGGCCGAAAUUCAGCAGGUCUUGUCCCUCGGUGUUCCUGAGAAUAAGAUCAUCUACGCCAACCCUUGCAAGGCGGCGUCUCACAUCAAGUUUGCUGCCAACAAUGGCGUCCGUAUGAUGACCUUCGACAACGCGGACGAGUUGCACAAGAUCAAGCGCCUUUAUCCCGGUGCUAGCCUCUUGUUGAGGAUUUUGACCGAUGAUUCCAAGUCUUUGUGUCAGUUGGGAUUGAAGUUCGGUGCUCCUUUGGACACCACCUUGCCCCUAUUGAAGUUGGCUAAGGAGCUUGAGCUCGACAUUGUCGGUGUUUCUUUCCACGUUGGAUCUGGUUCGUGGGAUCCUUCUGCCUUCGUCGACGCUGUUGAGCGUGCUCGCUGCGUCUUCGACGAGGCUGCUUCCGUUGGAUACGACCUGAAGUUGCUCGAUGUUGGUGGUGGUUUCGGUCACGACAACUUCGAGACCAUCGCUGCCGUCCUUGGCCCUGCCAUUGACCAGCACUUCCCUUCGACUAUUAGGGUUAUCGCUGAGCCCGGAAGGUACUAUGUUGCCAACGCGUUUACCUUGGCUGUCAACAUCAUCGCUCGCAGGACCGUUGCCAACCAGGAAGGUGAGGCUGGCCUCGCUGACAAGUCCUACAUGUAUUACGUCAGCGACGGUGUCUACGGAUCGUUCAACUGUAUUUUGUUCGACCACCAGCACCCCGUCCCUCGCGUUUUGGCUCACGAUGGCCGUUUCCUCUACAACGAGGCUCGCGGCGAUUCUUCUGUGAGAUGCUCUGUAUGGGGACCCACUUGCGACUCCCUUGACUGCAUUAGCGAGGAGUCUUUCUUGCCUUACGCUUUGGAUGUCGGAGACUGGCUUUACUUUGAGGAGAUGGGUGCCUACACUGGUUGUGCCGCCAGUCGUUUCAACGGCUUCCCUAUCUCGAGGGUGCAGUAUGUGAACUCGGAGAAGGGUGCGGAGGAGAUGAUGAAGGCUUUGUCUGCUUAGAUGUCGUGGACAUUGGACUGUAUUUAGCUCACAAUUUAAUCUUUGAUAUCCGUUUAUUCAAAUCGAACACCUUGCAAUUCGUAGGUAUCUGGUUUCGUCUGUCCUAUGCUAUGCUUCGUCCAAUGCAAUUAACGUGAUAAAAAGUGGUCCCGAAGUUCGAAAAUAUCCUGAUAUCUCACUUUCCCUUAUUCUAAAUUUGAAGCAAACUUUGACCUC